CGGCUCCCUCGCCGGAGCGGUCUGGUUGCAGCUUGGGUUGGGAGGUGGACCCGAGUCCACGCGCUUUCCUCUCUUCUCCCCGCACGGGCGCACAGGGACCGCUCUGCUCUGCUCUAGCCGCUGGUGGAGACUGGAAAGGAGUAAUGCGGCGGCCACGGCGGCUAGGGAAGCCCGGAGGCGGGGGGAAGGCGGCACCGGGGGCCGAGGCUGCGGCUGCGGCGGGACUCAAGGAUGCUGAGGCGGGUCCCGUGAUCGCCGUCGGCGGGGAGGGCGAGGCUCCCGUGCAAGGGGAUCCGGCGCCGGCGCCCCCCGCCGCUGAUCGGAAGGCCGAUGCGCCGGCGGCGAAAGGCGCGGCGGAGAAGGAUGACGAGGGGGUGAGGUGGCUCAAGCACUACUCGUCGAUGCACAGCAUACUCGUCGUCGGGGACGGGGAUUUCUCCUUCUCGCUGGCGCUCGCCGCCGCCUUCGGCUCCGGCGAGCACAUCGUCGCCACGUCCCUCGACUCCUACGACGCUUUAAAGAGGAAGUAUGGCAACGCCGAGGCAAAUAUUACCGAGCUGAAAAGGUUGGAGUCUACAGUUUUGCAUGGCGUUGAUGCAAAACUAAUGAAGCUUUACCCUUCUCUGAAGAUGAGGCGGUUCGAUCGGAUCAUCUUUAAUUUUCCUCAUGCUGGGUUCAACGGAAAAGAGGAUAACCCGCUAGUCAUCAACUUGCAUAAGCAGCUGGUAAAUGGAUUUUUUGCCAAUGCACGACACCUACUUCGUCCCUUUGGUGAAAUCCACCUUAGCCACAAGACAGGAUAUCCUUACGACGCAUGGGAUAUCGAGCAACUAGCCAAUGAGUCUUGUCUUGUUAUGUUUGAUAAAGAUAUUUUCUGCAAAGAGGAGUACCCUGGUUAUAACCAAAAGAGAGGAGAUGGUGCAAAGUGUGAUCAAUCUUUUGCUCUAGGUCCUUGCUACACUUUUAAGUUCUGCAUUGGAGACGUAAAGAAAGAGAAGAAAAAGUGUGGAAACGUUAUUGGUUCAGUCUCAUCCCUUGGAGGCAGCAAAUUCUACCCUGGCAUGUUGGCAACUGACACGAGACCAUUUGAUCCGCGUCCACUUGCUCCAGCAUGGCCUCGGCCAGAUUUUCCUCCAGCCAACAGAGUUGAGAUACCGAUCAUGUUUGAUCCUUACCCCUUUGGAGGUCCUCCAAUGGAACGUCCAGAUUUUCCAGUCAACUUCUAUGGCCGAGCCCCAGAGAGAGCUCCAUACUUUCAUCACCAGGACAUGAUCCAGCCACUGUGCAGAGGGCCACCGCUGCAUGUUUUGCCCAACCAACGUGGCUUUCAUCUACCAAUGGGGAGCCUUGGGCUUCCGGGGCAGCCUUGGCACCACGAGAGGCCUCCAGUUGUGCCACCAUGGAGAAGCGAUGACCACUACUCAGGAGAAUACCAGAGGAGUCUGCAGCGGGACUAUGAGAUUGAGAUGCAACUGAUGCCUGGAGAAGCCAGCCUGGGUUACUCUGUUUUCCUCGAGAAUCGCUACGGGGAGUCGGUUCAGAGGCGGGAGAGGCUGGAAAGGCUGAUUCACUUCUAUGGUGGACAGUGAAGGGUCGUUUUGGAGGCUUUGUCUCUGCUACAAGGGUCUCACUAGAGCAGAGAAACUCUGACCUUCCAAGAUGAUGCAACGUUUCGACAUGAGGUGUUUUGUACAGCUAGUGCCAUUUUGCGUGGCGAACACCGACCACUACUCCCCAGAACAGCACAAAGUAAUGCUGUUUCCUCCUAUCUGCUAUGUAGUCUAAACGAAUGCCUGUAGACAGCCAAGCCUCAUUUUGCAAUGGAGCUGUCUUUAGGGGCUCAAAAUAGUCCGCAGUUAUGUCGGUUUAUCAACGGUAAUCCUGAACUUGUAAGACUCUCCUGAUAUAUUACUGUCCCCUUAUGCAAGAGAAAAUACUACUACUAGUUAUGACA